AUGACCCGACCACCUCCAAAUACACCAACACCCAACGACCCAGAACCCUUCCAGGAAGAAUACUACUUUUUCUACGGCACACUCAUGGACCGACACCUCCUAGCCCGAAUCCUACAGCAUCCCACCAGACUCAACCUACGCCCAGCACGCAUAACCGGAUGGCGCUGUUUGAUGUGGGGAGAGUACCCAGCACUCAUCGAAAACGUCCCAGAAGAUAAAGUCACCGGUAUGGCGUAUCGAGUAUGUUCGAUUCGAGAGCGGGAGCGACUGGUUCAAUAUGAGACGGCGGCGUACAGUGUUCAGGGAUGUACGAUCUACCUCGAGGAUGGGACGUGUACGUCCGGGAAGACGUUUGUCUGGGAUGGGGAUGUGGAUGUUUUACGAGAGGGAGAUUUUGAUUUCAGGGACUGGGUACUCAAAGAGAAGGAUAUCGAGGUUCAAGCGAGAUGUGAAUAG